CUUUGCAAUCCAUUUCGACGUUUGGGUAUAACUGGAGGCUUUAUCAAACGAACGGUCAACAGACGUGCGCGCGUCUCCAACUGCCAUGUCUGACGAAUUCGACGAAUUCGACGAGUAUGACGCCUCCUUUUUCCAGCAAAUAGACGCAAUCGAGAAGGAGGCAUCAAAGCCUCGAUCUGCAACCGUUCCGGCUAAGCAUGAUGGAUUCAGUCUUUUCGCUGCUCCUGCACAGUCGAGCAAGGUCGGGGGGGUUGCUACGCGCUCGGUCUCUGGUCCGUCAAAGUUCGGUUUGUCAUCGAAUGCAAGCGGCGCACUAUCAGCCCCUGUGAAGCCAUCAAACAGUUCACGUCCAAAUUCAGCGCGUUCGGUAGCAAACCCCCCAUCUUCAGAUCCGUACGAUCUUUCGCUCGACCUUGACCCUGCGGCCCUCGCCUCUCUGACACACAUCGAGGACAUCUACACGCGCACCGGCUCCACUUCCUCCUCGAAGUAUCAAACAACUCUGUAUGGUACGCUAGCACGCACACCGCCUCGUACAUCCAGCGAUCUCGUCCGAGGACCAGGAGACCGAGGAGGCGCAAUGGCCCCAUCGCGAGCAGGGCCGUUUGGACGGCCGAAUCAAAGGACAAAACAGUGGGACAGGACCCAGUUCGCUGCGACGGGAAAUAAAAACAAGGGAAGAGUCAAACGAAAGAAGAGGAGGAGAAGAGAGGACGAGGAGACCGGGGAGGAGGAAGAGGAAGAGGAAGAUCUCGAGUGGGAGCAGUUCCCCACAUCGGUUGUCUCUUCGGGACCACCACCACCAAUGAAACUUGUCACCGAUCCUAUUGCGGUUCGCGAAUGGAUCUAUCCGAUCAACAAGCCCAUCCGGGACUACCAGUAUAACAUUGUCCAAGCAGCGCUCUUCAAGAACACGCUUGUCGCGUUGCCUACCGGAUUGGGAAAGACGUUCAUCGCUGGUGUACUUAUGCUUAACUAUUAUCGAUGGUUCCCCGACGGCAAAGUGGUGUUCGUUGCUCCUACAAAGCCCCUCGUUAGCCAGCAGAUCAAGGCAUGCCAUGAAACCUGUGGCAUUCCAGUCGAAGACGCCAUUGAGAUGACGGGAGAGACACCUCAAGCGACACGGCAACGACAUUGGGCAAGCAAGCGCAUCGUGUACAUGACACCUCAAACUCUGCAGAACGAUCUGCUACGCGAAGUGGUAGACCCGAGAGAUAUCAUCCUUCUUGUGGUGGAUGAAGCCCACAAGGCGACGGGCAAUUAUGCGUAUGCGACCGUUGUGCGCUUCAUGAUGGCGAAGAACCCCCAUUUCCGGAUAUUGGCUUUAACAGCGACACCUGGCUCAAAACCGAAAACCGUUCAGGAUAUCAUUGAUAGUUUGCAUGUUGGGCAUAUCGAGAUUAGGGAUGAGAGGAGCUUGGAUCUGAAGCAAUACAUCCAUGAAAAGACUAUGGAGAAAUGUGUUGUUCAGAUGGGUGCAUCUAUCAAUGGCAUCAAGGAGAGGCUUCUUGCGUUGAUGGAGAACACCGUCAAGCCCCUGCGUGGCAAGGAUAUCUUCCCGGACUAUGUCAAGGUCGCAGACAUCCACCCGUAUAGCUGCAAGAAAUGGAUCGACGAACUGCGACGAAAGCCGCAAGGAAGAGACUUUCCUUGGGCUGCGGCGUUGCUCAUGCGACUCCACAAGCUGACAUUCGCCAUGGCGUAUCUAUGCGAGGAGAGCGUCGAAAUGGCUUACAACACACUGCUCGAUGCGGCAGGGAAAAAGUUGACAACGAAAGAAGGCGGCAACAAGUUGUCCAAUGACCCGAAGUUUCGUGAUCUCAUUACCGAAAUCGAGAACUACAGAAAUGAACGGGUUACCGGUGGAGGACCAGUUGGUCAUCCAAAGAUGGACAAGCUCGUUGCGGUUGCGCUGGAGCACUUUGCUGCGCCUGAUGAUGGGGCAGACAGCACCCGCGUCAUGGUCUUCUGCCAGUACCGCGAUUGCGUCGAUGAAAUUGUGAAGUCCUUGAAGCUACAGCAACCGAUUAUCCGAGCGAGCAAGUUUGUAGGCCAGAGCAGCGAUAAACGUGGAGACAGAGGCAUGGCACAGAAGGACCAAAUUGAGAUAAUCCGGCGCUUCAAGCAGGGAGAUUUCAAUGUUCUCGUUGCUACUUCAAUCGGAGAAGAAGGUUUGGAUAUCGGAGAGGUCGAUCUCAUCAUUUGUUACGACGUGCAGAAGAGCUCAAUCAAGAUGCUUCAACGUAUUGGUCGCACCGGUCGUAAACGGAGUGGCAAGAUCGUCGUGCUGAUGGCGGAAGGUCGUGAGGAGACAAAUUGGGACGCUGCCAACGAGAACUACUCGAAUGUCCAGGAGACCAUCAUUCGGGGUGAUCAGCUCGAAUUGUUCGACGAUGACGAGCGUCUCAUUCCAGACGAUGCCAAGCCAAUCGUGCGAAAGCAACACAUGGAGAUUCAUCCCUUUGUCAGUCAAGACACUGGCGGCAAGAAGAGGCGAUUGGUCACCGAUGGUAACAAGGGUCCGGCAAAACGGCGUAAACGAAACGAUGAUCCGAAUCGAAAUAUACCGGAUGGCGCAUUCGCCGGAUUUAUUUCCGCUGCUAAACUGGUCCGCAAGGGCUCGAAGAAUACUGAAGAUCGAUUGACUGUUGAAGGUCUUCAACGGGAUCUAGAGGAUGAUGAAGACGAUGCAGAUAUCAGCCGUGGUCGAUUGAGUCCCACCCCUGACAGUUCGCCCCCGCCUGAAGAAAGCCGGAAAGCAGCAUUGUCAAAGAUCAGCAGAGCACGGAAGUCCAGAGCUCCAGAUCGACGCGUUUCAAGCAGCUCCACACUUGAUGACCUCGCCCGAGAACUUCAGGAUGAUUCUGAUGAUCAAGAACUCGAAGCAGGGUUAGACAAUCUGCUACCACCUACGCGACGGGUGCGCGUCCCAAGACCCUGCGACAUUGUAGAGAUUUCCAGUGAUGAAGAGCCCGCCAACAGGCAUCCGCCUCCGAAGCCUUCUGGCAAUGGAGCGGUGACGUUCCGGGAAGAACCCGCGAACUCCAGAUGGCUGCUUGAAUCUGAGUCAGAGAACGAAAACAGCGCCAAUACCAAGGAUGGCGCUGGCCGCUCUGCUCCAAAUGCUUCUGCUGCAGCGGCUAACAAACUCACAAUGGAGCUGUCCCCGAUUCAGCUUUCGCCAGUCGCGCCCAGAACAUAUCUAGAUGUCUCCACACCUGCGCGAAAUGUGGCCGCAAAUUCAAGCCCUGACGUACCACUCGUGUACGGCCAUGGCAUGGGACCACCACCCAUUCCAGCGCAUAAAUUAACCUCGGACGACUCUCCCUUCCUCAUACGGCGAAACAGUAGUCUUGCCAAGGGUCGGAACACAUGUCCCCCAAACCUUCCGGAUAAAGAAGCGGCCCCGUCGUCCUCUCCCGUGAGGGUGAAAAGGACUUCGAAAUCAUCACGGUCACGAUUAUAUUCAAAGCCAAACCCAUUCUUUGAUGUGGAAGCCGAUCUCUCAGGAAGCGAUCACGGCGAAAGUGACGACAACGACGAGGAAUGGAGUGAAAGCGAUCAGCGUUUUAUCAAGAAUUCGCCCGCAACACAAGCUGUUCCGAAGGCUGAGGAACACGGAAUCUACCUUCAAGGCCUGAUGACACAAGCGCCUGGCCGAACCAAUCUAGGAUUUCGGGAUGGGCCGGUUCGCCGAGGCCCUUUUGGAGCCUGGAGUGGCCCAAAGCGACAUAUCCCCAUGUCUAGCUCAGAGGCCGAUCCGAAUUCGGAGCCUAACGAGUAUGAACUUGGGAGUUUCGUUGUGGCAGAUGAUGAUUCCUUUGAGAUUGACCAAGUUGAGGCCGAUGUUAGCACGUUUGAAUGAAG